AUGUGUAUCAAGAAACAGCAGCAUCAAAAGGAAAAACAUGCAAACAAAAACACUUCUUCCAAUUCUUCUGUUGAUUCUAAGUUGGUUUUCCAACCAACUGAACUGGUAAUCACUUGGACAACCUUUAAUGCGACGACAAACUCCACUGUUUGGUAUGGCAUUGACAAGAUGGACCAGGUUGCCUAUGGAUGGCAAACAAAGUUCACUGACGAUGGGGCAGAAAAACGAGAAAUUCGCAUUCAUCGAGUGAAGUUGAGCAAUCUGCAGUCUGGGGCAUCGUACAAGUAUCACGUCGGCUCUACGGAUGGCUGGAGUGAGGUGUUCACCUUUACCGUUUUUCCAAACUCAAGCGACUGGACGCCAAGACUGGUCGCUUUUGGUGACCUGGGCAAUGUCAAUGGCCGUACACUAGCUCGGUUGCAAGAUGAAAUUCAGCGGGGUCAGCAUGACUUGAUUCUACAUAUUGGAGACAUGGCCUAUGAUUUGGAGUUUGACAACGGUCGAGUUGGUGAUCAGUUCAUGCGACAGAUUGAGCCAAUGGCAGCCUAUGUGCCGUACCAAACCAUUCCGGGAAAUCAUGAACGUGGAUACAACUUUUCCCACUACAAAAAUCGAUUUUCAAUGUACUCUGAGGGUGACGAUGGUAGAGCAAUGUCAAACUUUUUCUGGUCGUACAACAUUGGUCCCAUUCAUCUGAUUGCAUUCACCACUGAGUUUCUCUACUACACUCAAUUUGGUACUCACCAAAUUGACAAUCAGCUUCGUUUUCUGAAGGCUGAUUUGAAGGAGGCAAACAAGCCGGAAAAUAGAGCACUUCGACCGUGGAUUGUAGUCACAGGGCACAGACCAAUGUACACCCAGUUCUACGUCAAUGAGAUCAUCAGAGUGGGCAAUGAGUUUGGUCAGGGCUAUGAGGAGCUGUUCUACAAGAAUGGCGUAGAUUUGAUGCUUUUUGCCCACGAGCACCUGUACGAGAGGCACUGGCCACUGUACAAUAGGACUGUUUUCAAGAAAGAUGGCGAUCAGCAGGCGUCGUACACUAAUCCGCUGGCACCAAUUUCAAUAACGACUGGAUCAGCGGGUUGCACACUUCGACCACCGCUCGUUUUGGAACAAUUACCUGAGUACACUGCUUUCUCUGUGAACGACUACAGCUUCACACACUUGAUUGCCAACUUGACUCACAUUCGCAUUCAGCAGAUUUCAGAAGAUCAAGGUGGAAAAGUGGUGGACGACUUUUACGUAAUCAAAGAGACGCCCAAUCCAGCAUGGCUGCCAGUGACCCAAAAAGCCAAUGAUGCCUGA